GAGGCGUUACUUCCACGACUCUCACAACGAGGUGGAGGUCUCGUGAAGUUAGUUCGAUCUAGUAGCAUCUGUUUAUAUUAAAUCACCAUUUAUACUAAAGGGUGGAUUUGCGCCCCUGUUAGUGUUAUCACGUUCGAUGUGUUAAGAUGUCGUCUUGUGAUUGAAUGAUUUGGUCACAAUCAUCGUAACAACAAGCCAUCUGCCAGCAGUUUGUGUGUGUGCGUGUGUGUGAGAAGAAAGGGUUGUGUGGGUUGCCCCGUUUGUGUUGCCCAUGUUUGGUCACGGACGGCAUCGCCUCUCUCUUGGAAAUUAUUGUUUGGUGCUCUGAGCUACAGGUGCCCCUAACUGACUUGCAAGAAAAAAAAAACAUUCUUUCAAGAUGAUUGCCGACGGACAUCUGGUCGGUGAUGGUAGUUGGGAAUUGAAAGUGUUGGUGACGGACUUGGCCGUGGAACGAUGUUUACGGGUCAAAGGUGAUCUGCAUAUUGGUGGUGUUAUGCUCCGUCUCGUCGAAGAAUUAGAUAUUGCGGCUGAUUGGUCGGAUCACGCGCUUUGGUGGCCCACGCGAAACUGCUGGCUAUCGCGGACCCGUUCGACGCUGGACCAGUAUGGCGUCCAAGCGGAUGCCAUAUUGCAUUUCACGCCCAUGCACAAAACGCUUCGCGUCCAGCUGCCCGAUUUGCGCUACUUGGACUGCCGCGUUGAUUUCAGCGUGAAAACGUUCAAUGCCGUCGUCACGCUGUGCAAGGAGCUCGGCAUCAGACAUCCGGAAGAAUUGUCUUUCGCCAAACCGUUGGAAUCGGACGAUUUGCGUUACAAUUAUCGCGAACGCGAAACGAACUCGCACAAGAAGAGAUCUGUAGCCAACAAUUCGGCUGAUACCAAUACUUUUAUCGGACAUCACGGCAAUUCGACUCACAGUUCCAACAACAGUCUGGACAACAUUAAGGCCACCUCCGGAUGUACACCCGUCCUGCCCAACACGACCAUCAAUCGGUCCCCUGCUCCUGUCCCCACGCCCAUCAGCUCGCCAGUUAAUUCGGGCACGUGGAGAAAAAAUUCACCUUAUUCAACGCCGGGUAGCAACGGGCACAAUAUGACGCCAUCCAUCUUUGACUUGACGGCCAACAACAGCCUCAACACUACGGCCAAUGGCAGUUUUUCUAAUUUGGAUAUGUCUCUGGCUCUCAGUCCGGCCACGCCCAGUCAAGAGGCAAGAUCUAAACUUCUGCGACCCAAAAAUCUGAUUGAGCGUGCCCGUCUUAAUGUGGCUUGGUUGGAUUCUUCCUUGUCCAUUAUGGAGCAGGGAGUCAGAGAGUACAGCACUUUGUUGUUACGCUACAAGUUUUACUCUUUCUACGAUUUGAAUCCGAAAUACGACGCUGUUCGCAUCAAUCAAAUUUAUGAGCAAGCCAAAUGGCAAUUACUUAACGAAGAAAUUGAUUGCACCGAAGAAGAGAUGCUCAUGUUUGGAGCUCUUCAACUUCAAAUUAACUUACAAAGCGCACGCCCGCAGCCUUUGAGCGAGGCUCGUGACGGCGACGACGACAUCGACGCCGCCCUCAGCGAUCUCCAGGACACGCUGGAAGGGACGCACGUUCACAGCAAUGCCAGUGACAUCACUUCCAUACCAGAGUUAUCAGAUUACCUUCGUUACAUGAAGCCAAAGCGUUUCACAUUGAAGGGGUUUAAACGUUAUUGGUUCGUCUGUAAGGACUUGCAACUAUUUGCGUUCAAGAAUCGAGGAGAUUCGGGUUCGGGACCGGCUCACCAAAUCCCAUUACGAGGUUGCGAAGUCACGCCGGAUGUCAAUCUGUCGCAAGAUAAAUUUGGCAUCCGGUUGGAAGUGCCUGGACCGGAUGGUAUGUCCGAAAUGUGGAUCCGGUGCGAUUCCGAAGCACAAUACGCCAAAUGGAUGGCGGCCUGCCGUCUGGCGGCCAAAGGUAAAACGAUGGCCGACGCUUCGUACGACGCCGAAGUCAAGUCGAUUUUAGCCUUCUUGGCAAUGCAGAAGCCAGCUCCAGCACCGGCCAUUAAUCCGUCAUCACUGGACAUCCAGCCAGAUGAUUAUGUCGCUCCCCGUUUCAUCCGUAAACUCAAAAAUAAGUCGUGCGCUGGGUGCACUGGAACGCAGGCUGAUAAAUCGGUAUCGACGCGGAUCCUGGAAGCACACACCAACGUCAAAGACUUGACGCUAACCGAGGCCAAAUUGAAUUAUAUUAAAGCUUGGCAAUCGUUGCCCGAGUACGGCGUCUCGCUGUUUGUCGUCAAAUUCAUGGGCCAGCGUAAAGAGGAACUGCUGGGCGUGGCCUUUAAUCGAUUGAUGCGGAUGGACAUGACGACGGGCGAUCACAUCAAAACAUGGCGCUUCAACACUAUGAAGGCCUGGAACGUCAACUGGGAGGUGAAACACAUGAUGGUACAAUUUGAAGAAGAAAACGUCAUCUUUAGCUGUUUAUCGGCCGACUGCAAAGUUGUUCACGAAUUCAUCGGUGGUUACAUCUUUUUGUCAAUGCGCUCCAAAGAAGCCAACCAAACUCUCAACGAAGAGCUCUUCCACAAAUUGACGGGCGGCUGGUCCUAGAGAAAACCUUGGAGAUUUUCUCGCCGCCAUCGCAUUUUUAAUCAAGCUUCCGCGUUCUCUCUUCUAUUUCCUUAAAAAAAAAAAAAAACCCUGUUCGUUUUCACGUGGUGUUAACGGGCAUAAGAUAAUCUAAUUAAUAUCUGCGUUUUUUCACCAUUCUUUCGUUUCACGAUUCUCUUUUUUUUUUUGGGGGGGAAAAAAAAAAGAAACUCUUCCUCGCUAUGACAGCCACUUGUUGGGAACUAACCCCGAAAUUUGGUCAAUUAACAAUGUGUCACCCCCGCCCCCCCCCCCCCCCCCCCCUGGUGAGACGUGCCUUUUUCUUUUCUUUUUUUUUAAAUUCUAUUGUAACCUAGAAUUAUCCCGUUCAAUUCUAGGCCCUUGGAGUGUCGAAUCUCGAAGAAAUAUUCAUACAAUCAAUCACGCACGGCUUUUUUUUUUUUUUUUAAUAUAACUUGAAAUGUGUUAAAAACCUGUAAUUUCGGACAGACAAAGACACGGUGCCUUUUGCAGUAAUUGUUUUGGUGACUACCGAUGCAACAAGUCAAGCCAUUCUACAAAAUAUUAACGAUUAUAUAUAUGUUUUUACUUUUAUUGACCACAUGCUAUCCACCUUUUUAUUUAGCAUCUUGAUUGUAGCAUCCGUGCUUUGUGUCUAGUUCAUUAUAACUCGAGGGGGAAAUGAGAGGGAAAAAAAAAUUGUGUGUGUGCUAUUCUGC